UAUGUUUUUAUAUAGGAACUUUAAAGAAGCAACAAAACCAUCCCUGUGGUAUCGACGCAAUAAAUAUAUUUGGUGGAUUGACGUGUCAAAUGUCAGUUUACUUCAAACAUAUCUGGCUUUCGGAAGAAGGAAGCCUAGUAAACAUUUAAAGUGUAUACAAGAAUGUCGGACUCUGAGGAUGAUGCAGCAUUUGCCAGUGCUGAUGAAGGAGAACCAGAAACUACAGCUGUCAGCAAAUCAACUCCAGCCUCAGAAAGUAAAACAAAAGAUUCAAAAAGGGAAAAGAGGGCAAGUGAGGACAACAACGAUAAAACUGAUAGUAAAAGUGGCAAUACAUCUAAAUCAAGUGGAAAUGAAAAGAAAAAAGAGACAAAGACUUCUGUUGCUUCCAAAUCUAAGGAAAGUGUGAAAUCAGAAGUUCCACCUGUGAAAAAGCAGGAAGAGAAAAGUAAAGGAGGAAAAGGUAAAAAGAAAAAGGGAAAACAGACAAAAGCAGAGACAGCAAGCCAGGAUUCAGGGAGAAAGACAGAAAAGAAUUCAGCUGGGGAUACAGAAGAAAAAGAAGAGAAAUCAAGUCCAACAGAGGCUGCAGAAAAUUUACAGAAGAAGGAUGAACCAAAAAUUGACAGUUCAGAAAUUGAGAGAAAAUUAAAAAUAUUUGACUCCGAUAAGUCCUCAGUAAGUGAAACAAUAUCAAGUGAUGAUAUAGUAUUAGCACCUGAAACAAAGGAGGCAAAGGAGAGUCAUUCAGAAGAGGCUAAUCUAAAAGUAAAAUCCACUGUCACAGAAGAAAAGAUAACAACUGAAGUGAAAAAAGAGGAACAAUUUACAUCUGAUAAAGAAAGGAAAGAGAUUUCAAAAGGUGACCAAGAAGCCAAAGCUGCUUUGGACAGGCUCUCUCAACCUUCAACGCAAAAGUCUGACAGCUGGAGCUCCUGGGGGAAUUGGGGAUCAUCCUUUAUGAAUGUAGCCUCAACAUCAGUUUCAACAUUCAGCAGUCAGUUGGGUGAUGGAUUCACCACUAUUAUGGAUACAGUAGAAACAGCACUAGGAGCCCCUCCUGUAGAUGAAUUGGUGAAAGAAAGAGGGCCAGACUCACCCCCAGAUGCUGAGAACAUUGAAAGAGAAGACCAAGAAGAAACACCAGUGCCAACAAAAACAACAGAUACAGGGAUAGAACCCCCUGCAAAACAGGAGAAUCCCCAAAUAGAGCCUCAACCCCCAAAAGGAGCCGGUGGAGGGGGUGGCUGGUGGUCUGGGUGGGGCAUGUCAAAUCUGUCCAACCUCUCCUCAGUGGUCCACAACACAACAAAUAUUGUGCAGAAAUCAGUCCAGAAUACCAGUAAUAUGGUUCAGAAAUCUAGUAAGACUUUGGUAACUGGAGGGUUAGAUGUGCUGGAAACAAUAGGAAAGAAAACAUUUGAAGUGAUAAAAGACCACGACCCUGGACUUAGCAAGACUAAAGGAAUUUUGUUUGAAAAAACGGAUAAACCAAGCCUUUCACAGCUCUUGCGUGAAGCACAGAAAGAAGAAGAGGCUAAAGAGGAACGAAAGAAGGAGGAAGAUGAGGCUCGACUUUCUAAUUUCAAGGCCUUGUUUGAAGAAAACCAGGGUUAUGCACAUCUGGAGGCCUUGGAGAUGUUGUCUAACAUGUGUGAAAAGACUGUGCAUUCACUGCUUGAGGACAUGUCUGAUCGUAAAUUGGACUCCAUUAAAGCAGAGUUAAUUCGCAUCAAGCAAGUCUUUGAAAGAAUGCAAGAAGAAAAUGAUAAUGAUGAUGAUGAAGAUAAAGAGCAUGAAUUUGGAAAACUAGUUGCUGAGCAUUUGACUGAGAUUCACUUAGGGACCACCCCUGAUAAACUUAAUAAGACACAACAGAAAAUUCGAGAGGUCAUAGCCAAAUACUUUACCUCAGAGGAUAUAUCAGUUAAGGAGCUUCAUCGAACAGCCAUUCAGUCAUUGGCAGAGUUCACAUCUAAGUCACUGGAGCAGUUCCACAAGGCUGGAGAGCUCAUCAUUCUACAGAGGGACACCAGUAAACACUGUGAAAGCAGGGCUCACAGCUUAGAGAAAUUAGCAAAAGUAUUGAGCACAGAAGUUAACAUUAUUGCCACCAAGUUUUGCCAAUGCUUAAAUAAAUUGGAUGAGAAUGAACAUCCAGAUAUCACAUCAGUGGUUACCAAUAUCUACUUGGAGUCUUCCAACAGUAUCAUGUACAUCCAAGACGCGCUUCAGCUCCUGUUGCCAUGCCUACAACAAGCUUCGAUUCAGCGUUCCUUGACGUGAUUGAUAAACUGACAUUUGGAUAGAGAUACAAAAAUAUAUCAUAUUUAUAAAUUUUGUUACAAGAUUUUGGUCAUUAAAUUACAUCCUAAACACAAA